CGGGACAGCUCUUGCACUAAAGGAACGCAAGUUAGCUUUGGGACCCGCUGUUUCAGGCAGACGGCGUGGACGUUGAGUCUGUUUGCACAAGUCGUAUAAGAAGUGAUUUUCGGAGCUCCGGGACAAUGCUGGAGAUUGCAGGAGCGGUUAUUCCCAGGCUGUUUUUUAUUUUGCACUCACUAGUUGCUGUGUGGAGAGUCACCCAUUCUUUACAUGAAAGACAGUACGCUUUGCUCGCACUUCUCAAUGUGCUCCUCAUCGUUGAGAUGAUCUGGGCUCUAAAAAAGAGAAAAGGAAAAGAUUGUAAGUGAGUCUCAGCAGAAACAAAGGAAAAAAGAUGGUGGAAAUCCUGCAGCAGCCACCACUACCAGACUUUCCUUAACAUCUUAAGCUGACAAUGAAUCUAAACAGCUGAGGUUGGAAGAUCUGGUAAAAGAAAGAACAUCAUCAUUUUUUAAUGUACUUAAAGAAAAAGGCAAAGAAAGGUCUCAGUCAUUCCCUCAAGAAAGCAACAGAACGGUGGGAAGAUGAACCAUUCUUCAACGAAUUUUGUGAACUGUCAGCAUGCAUGAUGGUUUUCCCCAGCAAUCCUAUUAUAUCUAAUCUGUGUAAUGCCAUCCAUUUGGAUUUUAGAAGUACAUCACCAUCAGGUGGAAAAGAAUGACAAAAAUGUUUCAAAUAAAUGUGUAGAGCUUAAUGAUGAACUGGCUGGUGCUAAUUCUUAUCAUCUAUCUUUUAAUCAAAACAUAACAGAGAUUUUUAAACUGUUGUCAUCUGUGUGCAAUGAUGCUUGGAUCUUGGGACUUCAUCAAACACUCCUAAUCCUGCUGAUCGUUGGAAAAUGGGUUCUCCCAAUGGGUUAUGGAAUUACAAGAGAUGAGUUUUCUCAGCUGUUACUCAUCUUUGUCUCCAUUGCAGCAGAUAUCCUAGAAUUUACAACUGAGACAUUAUCUGAACCAAAUGUCAGAAAAAACACAGUCUUGGUGUAUGCAAUCCUUGGUGUGUGGUCAUGGAGCAUGCUACAGUUUCCAUUGCAUCUUGCAGUGCUACACGCAGAGCCUUCAUCAGCAAGCCAGAAUUCCUCUGGAUCUUUGUUGUCAACAUACCGGGCAGAUAUUUGGAACAUUAUUGUAAGCCUUUUCAUUCAUGAUGGGCCUUUUUUUGUAUUACGAAUGUUAGUGAUGAUCUAUUUCAAGGUUAUUCAUCAAAUGCUGGUAUUUUUCAGUAUUAAGAACUUUUUGGUACUAUUAAUUCAGAUCUAUCGUCUUUCAGUGAUCUGUGAGGACUACAGAUCAAGACUACCACAUUAGCACAACUCAUAAUUAUACCACUGACUUGUAUUUGAGAGCCGUUUUAUAACUUGUUGUAUUAUUCUUAGCAAAUAAAUAUGUUUCAGAAACCAAA